AUGGUGUUGGUAGUAUCGUAUGUUUUCAUGGUUCUAACCAUUAUUUCCAUGGAUCUAAGGAUCUCUCAAGCCACAUCCCGUCUCAUCUUUCACGAGUCAUCAGUUGCUGACUACCACCAACAAUGGAUGAUUCAAUUCUCUAAAGUUUAUAGCAAUGAAUCCGAGAAACUGAUGAGGCUUAGAGUGUUUGAGAAAAACUUGAAAUUCAUUGAGAAUUUCAAUAAUAAUGGGAAUCGUAGCUACAAACUUGGUGUCAACGAAUUCACGGAUUGGAGCGAAGAAGAGUUCCUUGCCAGCCACACCGGUCUCAAUGGCAUUAACCUAACCUCACCACCUGUAGUUGAUGAGACCAUGCCAUCUUGGAGUUGGAACAUCAGUAAUGUCGUCGCCAGGAGCAAAGACUGGAGAGAGGAAGGAGCUGUAACACCUGUCAAAUCGCAAGGACAAUGUGGUAAGCUUGCUGUAAUUAUAUUUUAUAAACAGUCUCUACACAUCAUAGAAAGUACACCGCUGGAUUGCUCGUAUGAUGUUAUCAACCUAGGUUUAGGGUUACCAAUAAAAAUUUCGUUUCGUAACAAUGAAGUAAUCGAUAUUUGGGCAGGUAGUUGUUGGGCGUUCGCAACGAUUGCAGCGGUGGAAGGUCUGACAAAGAUAUCCCGAGGGAACCUCGUAUCACUGUCCGAACAGCAGCUUGUAGAUUGCGACACAUCUAAUAACGGUUGCAAUAGCGGAUCAACGGACAAAGCUUUCACGUACAUUGCACAAAACGGAGGCAUUUCUACAGAAGACGCAUACCCUUACCAAUGGAAAGAGGGGAUUUGCCAGUCCAACGCCAAACCCGCCAUGCAGAUUAGUGGAUUCCGAAACGUUUUGGCUAACAACGAGGCUGCGUUGCUCGAGGCUGUAUCGAGACAGCCCAUAUCGGUUUUAGUGGACGCGAGCGUUUCAGGUUUCAUGCAUUACUCAGGGGGAGUGUUCGAUGCGCCCGACUGUGGGAUCAGCAUAACUCAUGCAGUGACGUUGGUUGGGUACGGGACGACAAAGGAAGGGAUCAAGUACUGGCUGGCUAAGAACUCUUGGGGUACUACUUGGGGAGAGAAUGGUUACAUUAGACUUCGUAGAGAUGUGGAGUGGCCUCAAGGCAUGUGUGGUUUGGCUCAGUGGGGUUUUUAUCCGGUUGCUUGA